ACACAAUAGGAUCAUUGACUUGCUGUAAUAGCGUGGCCGCACCACUCAGUGUAAUUUCUGUCAUGGCCACAAAAUGUCACAGAAGAAAACACGUUUGUUUCCAGUAAAAUAAAUAAACGACGUGACGUUAUUCAUUAAAAAAAUACAUGAUUCAAAUUCAUGACCGUUUCUGACCGGCGUGCGGAUGGAUAGUGGUGUUUAGCUUUAGCUCAGGUUAGCUGACCUCUCCCAGACACAAACACUAUCUUUGUUGUUUUCGCACUCACCUCUCUGCCGUCCACUGUGACACCUACAGCCGCCGAGGAUGAACUGGGUCGGUGGUUCAAGGAGCAGAUUAGUGAUGAAGAGCGACACUAAGAAGCAGAGGGAGUUCUUUGAAAGGAGAAAAAUGCAGAAGAAGCUAAUAAAGUCGGGGAAAGCUCUGCCAUCAUCCCCUGGAGACACCGCCGCUGGUUCAGGCAGCAUGGACCUGGUCACUCUGUUCAUUGUCAACCAGAUUGCUGCUAAAAAGGAAAAUAAAGAUCUUCCUAAAGUGGCAGUCCUCGGCAGUGGCAGGAUAGGAUCAAGAAAGCAUAAUAAUCCCCUGGUUCUCCCGAUGAGCCCGUGCUCUCCAUCACAGCUCAGUCUGGUCGAGAGCCAGUCGCAGUGCAGUGGUCAAGGAACAAGACAGAAAAGUCAUGCUAUUCCACAAGGCUUCAACUGUCGGCAGUUGUCACCAGUGCUGGAGUCAGCUUUCUCAGACAACAGCGCGUCUGACUACCGGCAGACCGUGGCCGACCCCCUCAGCCCCUUCUCCUCCACUUCAACAGCCUCUUCAGGCCAAGGUGGAAUGUUCCCGCUGAAGCUGAACCUUCGGCCGAGAGGUCAGACACAGACACAGCCACCUCCACCCUGGGACACUUCAGGCCUGGAGCAGAUCAAGUUCCAGCCUUUCUCCCACCCCAGAGGUAUGACGAACAACAUGCCCUGGUCCUGUGGAUCAAACCCUCUCUACCAACUGGAGACACCCACAGUAGAGCAAGUCCUGUUUGGAAGUCCAGAACCAGACGUCACAGAGGUAAGAGGGCGUGCAAGACACGAGGUCAGCUUCUCCCUCAAUAACCAACCAGAGGACAAGGAGCCCAUGAUGGACUUCAUACUGAACCAGUCAGAGUGCGAGCAGCAGUUUGAGGAGGACCUCUUCAGGGGCUUCAGUAAUGAAGACAACGAAAAAGAAGCUUUUCAUAUUGGGAGCUUAAAAUCAAAGAUCUGUCUAAAAAAUGAAACACCAGUCAAAUCCUCAGCACCACAAACUGUACCAGAAUCACAGUGCAUGGGAAUGGAGCUCUCCAACUGUGGUGUCAAGAACCUUUCAUGUCCUGGACACAGUGGCUCCAUGAAUGACUGUGGAUAUUUACCAAGUUUCUCUUCUCCAGGAUGUUACCUCAGUUCAGACUCUAAUGACGACGAAGAUUACUGCCCACCAUGUCUCCAGCCUUCUGCUUCUUCAUAUGUGGAACGAGCCUGUUGUGUAGACACCUCAAACCAGGGCUCGCAGGUUAAACCGAAACAAAGUCACUCCCAGCCCAGGCCUCUUACUCCCUGCAUAAAACCCAAAACAAACAUCAGAGUUGACAAGAAAGUUCAACCUCUGAACCCAGAGGUUUGCAAGUGCCAAAAACCAUCCAGCGGAACUCGAGAUGCAGGAACUCAAACUGUUGCCAUCCCCGCUGCAGAGAUGUGCGACGCCUCCACUCAGUGCAUCUUCACUGCAGACGGUGCGUCCAGACAUCCUGUGUUCAGCGUGCACCUUCCACCUGUCGGCCUGUCGAUGCAACAUGCAGCCACAGGGAGGCAGACUGACACCACUGCUCAGCCGAACACACACUCAGCUUCAACGGGGAAUGGAGGGAAGAAUACGCCCUGGAGCAAGAAGAAACCCAAGGCUGAUUCUCCACCAGGCGACAAUGGCAAAAUAUUCCUGAAGCUACCCAUCAACUGCUUUCCAGAUGCUGCAAACGCAACUGAUGCCAGAGGUGAGGAGAGUGAAGAGGGCAGCGAUGAGAGAGAGCGACACGAAAUGGACCCUGCGAUGAUGACAGACCUCUCGGAGAGUGCGAGGGAGGAGGUCACAUCUGCCACUGAAGAGGAGGCCGGAGCUCCUCAGGAAAUAGCAGAUAUUUUGGUCCUGCUCAAGGAGAGGAAGACUUAGGAGAGCUGGACGAAAAGAAGCUGGAUGGAAGGAGGCAAGAAUUGAAAAGUAUGCCUGUUCUGUGCAUGUGUUUUUUAGAUUUCAAAGUAUUAUUCAAAAAUGAGUUUUAAGGUGUAAAACCACAUAUAGUAUUCAGUGUUUGUUCAGAGAGACAGUGAAAUAAAGCCCCGAAAAGCCUU